CUGUGGACGUCGCAGCAGCAGCCCCUCGCCUCGCCUCGCUCAUCUUUCAGACCCUCCCCAUCUAUUCCGACCGUCGCUCCCAAGCCUCUGUUGAGCGAGCUAUAACCAAAGCCCUCAAGCGCGAAACUGCCUUUGUCAAGGCAUUCGCAGGAGCUCUCGUCCAAGCCUGCGCCAAGCCAGGCUCGGUGUCAGCCUCGGUGGCCGGCUUGGUUCGGUACAAGCUGCUUAAGUGGUCGUGUCUGCUGCUGAGGGAGAGGGGGGAUGCGAUUGUGGGGGUGCGGGCAGCGUUCUCUCGUCUGGUAGUGGCACAGGGGACGCUGCUGACGGUGGCACUGGGAGAUGAGCCCAGGCUGAAGCGCGCUUCGUUGCAUGCUGUAAACGAGAUGCUUGGCAUGGUGCCCUCCCUUGCACCAGCAUAUCUGGCAGAGAUAAAAUCCACGCCUGUCACCCUCACCACAGUUGGCAUCGCCCAUCCCCUUCUCACUUACUUCCUCGAGUCUAAGGCACGCGAAGCAGAAGGUGCUGCAGCAGCAGAUGGCGUAGCGAACGGGACUGCAGAAGCAGCAGCGGCAGCUGCUCCUGGUUCCACAGCAGAGGCCAAGGCGUUUUUCGUGGAAACCUAUUCGAAGCUCGUGCUGAGCAGCAGGGAGCGCCCUCCCCAUGUGGCAUCAGAGGCGUUUGCGCCUCUGCUGCACUCGCUGGAGCACUCAGAGUUCAAGGGGACACUCUUCCCCACUGCCGCCAAGAUGCUCAAGCGCAACCCCGAGCUCAUCAUGGAUGCCGUUGGCUACCUGCUGUCAACUGUGCGCCUUGAUCUGAGUGCCUAUGCACCGGAGCUGCUGCCCACGCUAGCCCUGCAGGCCCGGCAUCAGAAUGCAGCCACAAGGGAGGAAGCGAUUGGAGUGUUUGCAGUAGCAGCCAAGCAGUGCAGCGACUCUGACAGCAUCCGGACCAUGUUUGCAUACCUCAAGGGGGUGCUGGCAGGCAAAGAGGGCAAGCUGACAUCAGCGUAUCAGAAGGUGGGAGUUUACCAGACUCUGCGGGCCCUCUCCGCCUUCUCUGCGCCAGGGCCCAAUGCCAUGGCGCCAGCUGUUGCUGCUGACGUGGCGGAGUUCCUGAUGACAGCCUAUGCUGGCGACACCAAUGAGGAGGUGCUUGCAUCGAUCCUCUCAGCUCUGGGCGAGUGGCUUGCACGGACAGCAAGGCAGGCGCCUGCUGCCACGUCAGCUUUCGUCACUGCCAGGCUGGCGAAGGAGAAGGAGACGCUCAGGCGGUGCACGCUGAGGUGUAUGCGCCUGGCCUUCCGCAACCCACACGUGCGAGAAAAGCUCGUACCUUGCGUGGACGUGCUCGUGGCACUGGUGAAGAGUGGAGUGGUGAAGCCCACAUGCGAGUUUGAGUCGACUAAAACCACCCGACCACCUCCUCGCCCCCUUUCCUCAGCUCGUACCUUGCGUGGACUGGCACUGGUGAAGAGUGGAGUGGCUAAGCCCACCAUGCGGCUGGACGGGGUCUAUGCGCUGCUGCUUGCGGCCUCCAUUGCUGCCCUCGACCUGGGAUCAGCCCACCAUGCGGCUGGAUGGGGUCUAUGUGCUGCUGCUCGCCGCCUCCAUUGCUGCCCUCGACCUGGGCCCACCAUGCGGAUGGACGGGGUCUAUGCGCUGCUGCUCGCCGCCUCCAUUGCUGCCCUCGACCUGGGGUCAGCCCACCAUGCGGCUGGAUGGGGUCUAUGUGCUGCUGCUCGCCGCCUCCAUUGCUGCCCUCGACCUGGGCCCACCAUGCGGAUGGACGGGGUCUAUGCGCUGCUGCUCGCCGCCUCCAUUGCUGCCCUCGACCUGGGGUCAGGUAUGACAGUUGGAUUGGGUGGUGGUCCAUCCGGCAUUCUGUUUGAAAUCGCAUGCAUCACCAUGUACCUCUUAAGCCCACCAUGCGGCUGGACGGGGUCUAUGCGCUGCUGCUUGCGGCCUCCAUUGCUGCCCUCGACCUGGGAUCAGCCCACCAUGCGGAUGGACGGGGUCUAUGCGCUGCUGCUCGCCGCCUCCAUUGCUGCCCUCGACCUGGGGUCACGUAUGACAGUUGGAUUGGGUGGUGGUCCAUCCGGCAUUCUGUUUGAAAUCGCAUGCAUCACCAUGUACCUCUUAAGCCCACCAUGCGGAUGGACGGGGUCUAUGCGCUGCUGCUUGCAGCCUCCAUUGCUGCCCUCGACCUGGGAUCAGCCCACCAUGCGGCUGGAUGGGGUCUAUGUGCUGCUACUCGCCGCCUCCAUUGCUGCCCUCGACCUAGGGUCAGAGUCUCCUGGUAGUUCCGCUGGUGGGACCUCUUCUAGUACGUCUUUGGUCUGCAUGGACAGCAAGCACGCAGUCUACCGUCACUUCAAGGUGCCGGCCAAUAGCGUUGGCGAGAACGGCACCAAGGUGUGUGCCUACUGCAACUUCACGUUUGUUGGCGGGGUUCAUCGUUGCGCGCAGCAUAUCACCAGCUGGAACGGCAUGCGCCGUCGCGAAGUGCAUCUCUGCACUGCAGCGCCGAAGACUGCACGUGACGCCGUGAAGGCGCUUUACGAGUCCAAGUUGAAGGCCCGUGAAGCGAAGCGUGCGGCUGAAAUUGCGGCGGUCGGCGCAGUCAACGGCAGAGGUUCGGACAAGAAGAAGAGUCGGAUGACCGACUUCUACGGCGACGACGCCGCGUGCGCGAACCAAGCUGCAGACGAGGCCAUAAGCCUCUUCUUUGCCGCUCUUCAUGUGCCGGAGCAUCACGCGGUCCACCCACUGUGGUGGAAUGUGGUCUCCAGCAUCCAGCGCGCGGGGCCGAAUUACGUCGCGCCGAAGAGACGCUACAUCGGUGGCGCCGGUCGUGCAAAGUGUCGCCAGCGCAUUGAGACGGCGCUCGCUCCUAUCUCAGCAAGCUGGCGCCGUGACGGUGUCACCGUGGCAAGCGACAUAUUCUCCGACAAGGCCGGCCGCCCGCAAGCCAACGUGCUCCUCAUCAACGAUAGCGGUGCGGUGUUUGUGGAGUCGAUCGACACGAAGAUGGAGAUGAAGACCGGGGGCUACAUCGCGGGCAUCUUGCGGCCCAUCAUCGAAAAGGUCGGCCCCGAGAAUGUCGUCGCCUUGUGUUUUGACGGCGGCUCCAACUACGCGGCGGCAUGCAGGGUGUUGAUGCGCGAGUAUCCCCACAUUGAACACAUCCCUUGCGCGACCCAUGUCCUCGAUCUCUUGAUGGAGGACAUCGGGAAAAAGGGAUGGGCGAAGGACAUCGUCACGCGCGGGGACACCCUCAUCUCGUUCGUCCGCAACCAUCACUUCACCCGGGGAUACAUGCGGAGUCCGCUCGUGAACGGCGGCAAGGGGAAACAGGUUCUCAAGCCCGCGGGAACCCGAUUCGGCACCAACUACAUCGCCAUCAACCGCCUCUGUGAACUCACCGAGGACAUCCGCGACUUCCUCGACGAGCAUGCGGAAGGGGUCCUGACAAGCGACGAGGUGGGGUAUAUUCGGGAGAUCGUGCAGGACCGCUGGGACAACGGGCUGGCGUGCAACCUGCACGUGAUUGGCCGCAUCCUCUACCCCACCAACCAGGAAGAGGGCAUUUUCCGCACCGACCUGGAGUGCACGAGGGUCUUCAAGCAGUACGUCUCCAAGCACCAUGGUGACAAGACGGUCACCAGGAAGGACGGGGUCGAGCGCCGCGCCUCUCUCGUCAUCCAGGAAGGCCUCAAUGCCUUCCUGAACCUCCAAGGCAGCUUCGGCAUGCCCGACGCUAUUGCCGACCGCCAGGCAGUGAAGGAGGGCAAGAUGACGGCGGUGGACUGGUGGACAUGGCACGGGACCGAGCAUCCUGAGCUCACCACCAUGGCUUGCCGCGCCAUCACGCAGCCGGUGUCCGCGUCUCCAU